CACAGAGUCCGUGUGAAACAAAGUAACCGAUACGGAGAGAGAAGGAGUUUGAGUGCAUGUGUGUGUGUUUGAGUGUGUGUGAGAGAGUGUGUGUGUGGGAGACGGAGAGCGUGCGCACCUACACUUACGCACAGUUGCGCGCGCGCGCACGGACCCGGACCCGGACUCUCGGACAGAGUGAGAGUGUGUGAGUGUUAUGUGAGUGAGUGAGUGUGUGUGUGAGUGUGUGUGUAAGAGAGAGAGAGAAUGGAGUGUGAGACGCGGUGGGAUUAAAGCCCCUGUCCCCCUGUGGAGAAGUGCCGAUAUCUAAAGUUUUUCCCCGCUGAACCCGGGACAUGGACGCGCUCGUGCUGGGGCUAAUACUUAUGCACGCCACGCUGGGAGCCGCCGCGAGCGAGUACGGAACCGUGCAAAUGGGACACGCGGAAAAAGGCGGUUGCUCGUUCGACGAUGGUCCCGCUCAGUGCGAUUACCAACAGGACCCGUAUGACGAUUUUGAUUGGACGCACAUCAGCGCUCAGGAAGUUCCCUACCUUUCCCCUGAACUGCCUCAAGGUUCGUUCAUGAUGGUGGACUCGUCCCAGCAUGACCCGGGCGAGAGGGCUCGUCUCCAGCUCCCCGUGAUGAAGGAGAACGACACACACUGCAUCGACUUCAACUACCUGCUGUACGGCACCGACGGCUCCGGUCCCGGCACGCUGAACGUCCUGGUCAAGGUGAACAAGGGACCGGUGGCCAAUCCCAUCUGGAACAUCAGCACACACACCGGGAACACCUGGAGGAAGGCGGAGCUCGCCGUCAGCACCUUCUGGCCUAACGAGUACCAGGUAAUCUUCGAGGCUGAGGUCGCUAGCACAAGACGAGGUUUCAUUGCGAUCGAUGAUGUCCAGGUGCUGAGUUACCCCUGUGAUAAAUCACCUCAUUUCCUGCGUCUGGGUGACGUGGAGGUAAACGCAGGACAGAACGCCACCUUCCAGUGCAUCGCCACCGUACGGGACGCCGUCAAUAACAAACUCUGGCUACAGAGGCGGAACGGAGAGGACAUCCCGGUGGCGGAGAAGAAGAACAUUAACCACAGGAAGUUUGCUGCGUCGUUCCGCCUGAGUGAGGUGACGAGUCAGGACCAGGACCUGUACCGCUGCGUCACCCAAUCAGAGCGCGGCUCCGGAGUCAGCAACUUCGCCAGCCUCAUCGUCAGAGAGCCACCCAGGCCCAUAGCUCCGCCCCAGCUGCUGGGCGUCGGCCCCACCUACCUGCUGAUCCAGCUGAACGCGAACUCCAUCUUCGGGGACGGGCCGAUUAUCCUGAAGGAGGUGGAGUACCGCAUGACCUCGGGCUCCUGGACCGAGACGCACGCCGUCAACUCGCCGCACUACAAGCUGUGGCACCUCGACCCCGACACCGAGUACGAGAUCCGCGUCCUGCUCACACGCCCCGGGGAGGGCGGCACCGGGAAACCCGGCCCCGCCCUCGUCACCCGCACCAAGUGCGCAGAGCCGAUGCGCACUCCAAAAUCUCUGAAGAUUGCCGAGACCGGGCCUCGCUCCAUCUCCGUGGACUGGGAGUCUCUGGGCUACAACAUCACGCGCUGCCACACCUUCAACGUCACCAUUUGCUUCCACUACGUCACCCAGGGCAACCGCAGCCACGGCGACCGCGGGCAGCAGGGCGACCGCAACCACGGCGACUGCCUGGAGAUGGACCCCAAAGCACCGCGCCAUGUGGUACCUGACCUGCCCCCUAACACCAACAUCAGGCUGAAAAUGAUUCUCACCAACCCUGAGGGGCGCAAAGAGAGCGAAGAGACGAUCGUCCAGACGCAGGAGGACGUACCUGGACCGGUUCCCAGUGCUUCUCUGAAAGCCACUCCGUCCGAGGAUCGAAUCACCCUGCACUGGAAGGAGCCGCUUGAGCCCAACGGGGUCAUUACACAGUAUGAGAUCAGCUACAGCAGUGUCUCCUCAUUUGACCCGUCCGUGCCUUUGCUCCGCCCCCCUUUGAUGGUGUCCUUGCCGUUUAAUGCGUCUCACCACACGUUCUCCCAGCUCCACCCAGGGACCACCUACCACUUCACCAUCCGAGCUCGGACCAGCAAGGGCUUCGGCCCCGCCACCACCAUCAACAUCACCACCAACAUCUCUGCUCCCAUCCUGGAGGAGUACGACGGGAACGAGGCCGUCCUGAACGACACGGCCACCACCAUCACCAUACUGCUCAAACCCGCGCAGGCUAAAGGAGCUCCCAUCAGUGCCUACCAGAUUGUGGUGGAGGAGCUGAACCCUCACCGAUCGCGCAGGGACGCCGGGCCCCUCGAGUGUUUCCAGGUUCCCGUGUCAUACCAGACGGCCUCCAGCUCCGGCUCUCCGUACUACUUCGCGGCAGAGCUUCCUCCUGGGAGUCUUCCAGAACCGGCUCCUUUCACCGUGGGAGACAACAAGACGUACCGCGGCUACUGGAACGCUCCGCUCGCCCCACGCAAAAACUACAACAUUUACUUCCAGGCAGUGAGCAGUGUGGAGAAGGAAACGAAGACGCAGUGUUUGAAAUUGGCAUCUAAAGGAGCCACAGAGGAGCUGGAGGUGAUUCCCGACCCGGCGAAACAGACGGACAGCGUGGUGAAAAUCGCCGGGAUUAGCGCCGCCGUGCUGGUGUUCAUCCUGCUGCUGCUCAUGGCCAUCUUACUGGUGAAGAAAAGGAGGACCUACUAUUCUUACUCAUAUUACCUGAAACUGGCGAAGAAGCGCAAGGACGCGGCGGGAAACGCGAGGCAGGAGAUGACCCACAUGGUGAACGCCAUGGACCGGAGUUACGCCGAGCAGAACACGCUUCACACCGAGGAACCCAUGACCGUCACCUUCAUGGACUCGCACAGCUUCAACAACCGAUUGCCCAACGAGCCACUUGUGCCCACAGCUGUGCUUGAUGAGAACCAUGCAGCAGCAGAGAACAGCAGGUUGUUGGACGUUCCUCGUUUCCACUGUGAAGGAACCGAAUCCCCGUAUCAGACAGGACAGCUUCACCCGGCGAUCCGAGUGGCGGAUUUACUGCAACACAUCAACCUGAUGAAGACGUCCGACAGCUACGGCUUUAAAGAGGAGUAUGAGAGUUUUUUUGAGGGUCAGUCGGCUUCGUGGGAUGUGGCCAAGAAAGAGCAGAACCGAACCAAAAAUCGCUACGGCAACAUCAUCGCAUACGAUCAUUCUCGGGUGAUCCUGCAGCCGGUGGAAGACGACCCCUCGUCCGACUACAUCAACGCCAACUACAUAGACGGCUACCAGCGUCCGAGUCACUACAUCGCCACUCAAGGUCCUGUCCAUGAGACGGUGUACGAUUUCUGGAGGAUGAUCUGGCAGGAGCAGUCGGCGUGUAUCGUCAUGGUAACCAACCUGGUGGAGGUGGGACGGGUGAAAUGUUAUAAAUACUGGCCGGAUGACGCGGAGGUGUACGGAGACUUUAAGGUGACGUUUGUGGAGGUGGAGCCGCUGGCGGAGUACGUGGUGCGCACCUUCACCCUGGAACGAAGGGGGUUUAAUGAAGUGCGCGAGGUGAAGCAGUUCCACUUCACCGGCUGGCCCGAUCACGGAGUUCCCUAUCACGCCACAGGACUGCUGUCCUUCAUCCGCCGCGUCAAGAUGUCCAACCCUCCCACUGCAGGACCCAUCGUAGUGCACUGCAGUGCGGGGGCGGGCCGUACAGGAUGCUACAUCGUGAUUGACAUCAUGUUGGACAUGGCGGAGCGUGAGGGCGUGGUCGACAUUUACAACUGUGUUAAAGCGCUCCGGUCACGGCGCAUCAACAUGGUGCAGACCGAGGAGCAGUACAUCUUCAUCCAUGACGCUAUCCUGGAGGCGUGUCUGUGCGGCGACACGGCCAUCCCAGUGUGUGAGUUUAAAGCUGCGUAUUACGACAUGAUCCGCAUCGACUCGCAGAGUAACUCCUCCCACCUCAAAGACGAGUUCCAGACGCUGAACUCCGUGACCCCUCAGCCCCAGCCUGAGGACUGCAGCAUCGCUCUCCUGCCCAGGAACCAUGAGAAGAACCGCUUCAUGUCCAACCUGCCCCCUGACCGCUGUCUGCCCUUCCUCAUCACCAUCGACGGGGAGAGCAGCAACUACAUCAACGCUGCGCUCAUGGACACGUCAGGAGUCUACCAGAGCUACAGACAGCCGGCGGCGUUCAUCGUCACUCAGCACCCUCUGCCCAACACCGUAAAGGAUUUCUGGAGGUUGGUGUACGAUUACGGCUGUACCUCCAUCGUCAUGCUGAACGAGAUCGACCUCGCACAGGGCUGUCCUCAGUACUGGCCUGAAGAGGGAACGCUCCGUUACGGCCCGGUGCAGGUGGAGAGAGUUUCGUCCUUCAUGGACUGUGACGUGAUCAGCCGCCUGUUCAGGAUAUGUAACCUGACCCGACCACAAGAGGGCUACCUAAUGGUCCGUCAUUUCCAGUACCUGGGGUGGGCGGGGCUUAGAGAGGUCCCCGCAUCCAAGCGCUCAUUCCUCAAGCUGAUCCUUCAGGUUGACAAAUGGCAAGAGGAGUGUGAGGAGGGAGAGGGGCGCACCGUCGUGCACUGCCUGAAUGGCGGGGGUCGCAGUGGUGUUUUCUCUGCGAUCACUAUCGUGUGUGAGAUGAUCAAGAGGCAGAACGUUGUGGACGUGUUUCAUGCUGUGAAGAGUCUGAGGAACAGCAAACCCAACAUGGUGGACACACCGGAGCAGUACAGGUUCUGUUAUGACGUGGCGCUGGAGUACAUCGAAAACUCAUAAUGGAGAAGUGAAGGAGCCGUCUGUCCAUCUGUUUAUCUGUCUGUCCAUCCAUCCAUUUAUCCAGAGCAGACUCUUUCUUGCACACUCGCCUUUCCCAUCUUCACAAACCCUGUCGCACCUGCUCUUCUGACGCGCGAGUCAGGAAGCCUGCGGAUGGAAAAGAUGAUCGACGAUAAAGAAAUGCGGUACAUUCUGUUUAGCCAACAGUGUUCGAAAAACUGUGGGAUGUGUCAGAACAUUCUUUGUUCUUUCUUUUUCUUUUUGUUUUAUUUUCCUUUGGUAAACACAAACACCAAUCUGUUGCAUGCACAACAUUUUUUUGGUUAAAAGUUUCUCUGUUGUUGUCACGUUACUGUAGAUGAACCAUGUAUAUGAUUAUAUCUGAUAUAUACGUAUAUGAUAUCCAUCGUUAUGUAAAAGUAAAAUCUUAAACGCAGCGUGUGACAUUGGCUUUGUAUUGUGCACUAAUGGCUGGCUUAUGGAUUAUUCUUAUUCUUAUUAUUGUUGUCUCUUUUAUUUUUAAACGCUUUCAGUUUUUGUAGCAGAAUUAUAAUCGUAAGCCAAAGACGAGUGUAAAUAUGUCUAUAAAGCACAUUGUUUGUAUUUAUUUGUUUUCCCUCCGAAGGCUCAAAACAAUCGUCAUUCCUGCCUGUUUACCUUGUAAACAUGUUGUGUUUUUUUUUUUUUUUACAUUUUUAUUUCAAUAGUGUUAUGUAGACUGUAGGCAUGUGACGAUGAAUCAUCUGAACGACACACUGCAGUAUUUACUGCUUGUUAAAAUGCUGUUUACAUCCAUUUAUACAAAUGUGUAUAUGCACACAGUUAGAAUAGACAUUUCUCACACUAUGAUUUGGAUUUUGUUAAAUUUUUUACAUAUAUUUUUGGAUGUUUUUUUUUCCCCUUACUAGUAGAAUUGUUGUAAUUUCUGUAAAGAACAAAUUUAAAGAAUUUAAAAACAUUCUGUGCUACAGAUUUUUUUUAUUCUGCAUCUGAUUAUUUUAUAAACUUGAAAUUUAAUGUUAAUGUAAACCUUAACAACUAAAUAAAAUUCUAUCCUUGUCAAAACAAAGAACUUUAGUUCACCUAAAAUAUACUUAAUAAUUUCAGAUCAUUGCCUAUUUUUUUAAUAAGUUAAAACAAACAAACAAAAACAAAAAAAAAGCCAGAAUUUUCUCACAAGGAAUAAAGACGUCACCAAACUGACUGAAAUUUUUUCUGCUCAUGUUGAAAUUUUAACACUAAAAAGGACAUUGUUCUGUAACCUUUUGUCAUUUAGUGAUAACACAGUAAAUAAUUUUUCCUCACAUGCCUCGUUUUUGAUAAUUUCUUUAUAUUUUAAACCUUUUUACCUGCAUAUUUUUGUGUGUACAUGAUUGUGAACUGUAUCUUUUACUGAAGUGGUAUCGAAGAGAAAAUCUCACAACAAGGAGAAGAACUUUACUGUUUUAAAGACUUUUAAGGAGAGCGCCAUGGUACGAGUGUUUUGUGCUGAAUAUUCAGUGUUUAACUGGAAUAAAAGGAAGGAACUUGCACCCAGAUGCCCCCACGUUGGACUUUUACAUGGAAUGGCAAAAAUGAAAAAACAUUUAAAAAAAAAAAAGAAAACGAUCAAAUGCGUCAUCGCGGUCACGCAGCAUCUUUGUUCUGUCUGUAGUUGUUGGCUUCAUGGCUGUAAUGAAACUAGUGAAAUUUCUUUUAAUAAAAAAAUGAUAUUGUGCAAA